AUGCGUCUAGUGGGCGUGGCUAACACCACUGUUAAGGUUUUAAAUCCACACGUGGUCGGGGUGUUGGGACUUGUUUGGGACGGCGAGCGACUGCUGGAAACUUCUGACCGACUCAUGCCAAAGGUGCUGCGCACGCCUAUCGCUUUCGGGGGCAGACGGGACCAAGCGCGUUUUGUUUACAACUCGUCAAAAUGCCAUCUUACCCGAAACCCAACCAGUUUGCUGACCUGGAAGAGAUGAUGUGCAAGCAAUUACUAAGUCUUGACCUGAGGGAACCCAGCAGACAAUUGCCAUCCCUCAGUCUGCCAAUGAGAACCGCGGGAUACACCAACCAGUUGCACAACAAGACAUUUUCCCUCUCAUCUCUAUCCUGCGAUUCCUCAGAAAGUGCGUAUCUCACCUCCAGCCAAUGGGGACAACAGCCAGAAAGUCCUAUAGCCUCGCAGCUCACGGGUUCCUCCCUUUGGGGGAAGUCGGCCUUCUUUGCCCAGCGCUCUGUCAGCAUGGUGGAGGGCAGUAGCGGCACACCAGCAGGUCUCGGCUGGCCUAGGAAUGAUAUGAGACUCCCUCAAAGUGACAUCAGCCCCACUGCACUAAACACUGGCUCCUCUUUAUCCACCUCCUCCCUCAGCUCGUCCUCCUCCUCUUCAUCACGCUAUAAGACUGAACUUUGUCGCUCCUUCACAGAGAGUGGUUUGUGCAAGUACGGUGGGAAGUGUCAGUUUGCCCAUGGUCCGGAGGAGCUGCGGGAUCUCAACAGACAUCCCAAGUACAAGACCGAGCUGUGCCGCACAUUUCACACCAUUGGCUUCUGCCCCUAUGGAAUGCGAUGCCACUUUGUCCACAACAGCGAGGAAGAAAGGAAGCAAUCCAUCUCUCGUUCCUCCUCAUCUUCCUCCUCCGGCUCCUCCUCAAGCAUCCCCCCACAGCCACUGUGCUCCUCAAAUCCAAAUCGACCUCCUCUCGUCAGACAGAGCUUCAGCUUUGCGGGGUUCCCCUCUCCCCUUGUCGCUCCCCAUUCUUCUGCCACUCCCACCUCCUUUGCACCUGCUCCUUCUGCCUCUCGUCCAUCUUGCGCUGAUAUCUCUGACCUCCUCUCCAGUGCCUUCCUGGACAUGGACUCUGCCUUCGAGCCCUCACCUGCGAACAAGUACCAAGCCCUUGGGUGUCAGACCGUGACGGCAGAUCCUCGUUCUCCAUUUCUGCCCUCUCCAGAUUCGGGCUGCUCUCCCUGUGGCAUCUCUCCAACCGGAUCCCCUUCCUUGAGGCUGAGUCCUGGUGCCACCGGGGUGUUUUCACAGCCCCUUGGUGCCAGAUCCCUGUCCUAUACCUCCCUGUCAGACCAGGACCAGGAUCAGGACCAAGACGGUGGCAGCUCUGCCAGCUCGCUUAGUGGCUCUGACACCUGCAGCGGUGUGAGCGAAGUCAACGGGAAACGUCUGGCCGUGUUCAGUCAGCUCUCUGUUCCUGACGACUCUGCUGGGGUCUGCCUUUAAACCACAGUGCCACUGAAAAUCACAAGCACCGACAUUACUAACAGACUCCAUAUAUUUUUCUACACAAUAUGUUCAGCAAACGUGAAUGUGAUAGAUUUGUUAUACUAACAGUUUGACCAUUUAUAUUUUAAUACUUUUUAUGGAAGUGGCAGAUUUAAAUGUAAGGCAAUACUGUCACCUUUAUUUGUCCUCAGCUAUUCAAUUGCUCUUAUUCUACUAUCCAUUGACAUCUCCCUAGUGAGGUCGCGACAAAGCCAAAGAUGUCCUCGGUGCUUGAGGUUAUGGUGGGAUAAAUGGAACCAUGUGGCCUGUGUCUAUUUCAUUUGCUAUUAUUUAUAAACACACAGUAUCUGGCUAAUAGGCUGGUGAUUUUUUUUUUUUUUUUUCCUUUUUCAAAUAAGUACAGUUUUUGAUCACAGGUUUCACAUUGGGAUUGUUUUUUUUGUUUGUUUUUGUUUUGUUUUUUUAAAUAUACCACACUUCCUCUUUUGUCAGACAGAUUGCGUUACUGUUAAAAUCAAGAGUUGCUGCGUUGUCAGGAAGAAAAUCCGAAAGUUCUUUUAUAUAUAUAUACAUAUAUAUAAAUUUUUUAGUCGAAUAAGCUAGUGUGUUUGUUCAGGUCUUUAUUGAUGUUCAUACAGUAAUAGCAAACUUCUUUUUUUUCUAUUCUUGUGCCUUGUUAACAAACUGCCAUCAUUGGGGAGAAAAAAAAAAUCUAAAUUGACAAAUCAAAUCUGCCUUAAAAGAAAAGCCUUGUGGGCUCGAUCAGACUUUCUCAAAUCCAAUGCUCAUGACACAUCAUUAUCUGUGUGAGAUGCCAACGGUGAAAAACAGGAGUUUUGAAACAUGAUGUUAUGUCAGAGAAAAUCCCCUUGGGAGUUUAUAGGAAUCUGAAGAGUAGACUUUACAUUUACCCUUUUUUAAGUCUGCUCAAACACCAUCUGAGCUGUUUAUACAUCUGGCAAGUUGAGUUAAAACAAAUGAUCUGUAAUACUUUGCAUUUCCUCACAUGCACACAUUCCCAAGAGUUUUAUUUUCUCCAGCAUUGUGCACAGGCAGCACUAAUGUGACAUUGUCGAAGACACGUUUUUUCACGACCAAUCUUCUUUUUGCGUCAUAUUUCAGUAUUAACUGUUCCUGUUCUGGCUUUAUACUGUUACCGGUGUGAAGGGAGCCGCAGCCACACUCCCGUGUCCAUUGCCUUAUUGCGCUCACGACAUCGGGAUAUAGUAACGUUAGGGUACGUCUUCUUAGCCUUUUAGAAAUGUUUUCCCAGCUGUUCCAUGUGUUUUGAUCCUAGUUUUGUUUAGAAGAGCAGCGACUGUAACCGUUGCCGGUCUAUUUAAAAAAAAAAGUUGCCUUUUUCAUCUGACAUGUUUCAGGCCUGUUCAAUGGUAAAGGUGAUAAAUCUUUAGUAAAUUAAUUUCUUUAAUUUAUUUUAACGUAUUUAUAGUCUGAGUUGUUGUUAAUGCUUGUAUCAAGUUUAAUAUAUUUUGGGUUUUUUUUUUUGUCUUUUUGUACUUGAAAUAAAGUUUAGUUGUUUUUUUUUU